AUGGCUGUGAGUGCGCGAGUGAACAGGAUGUCUGUCACGAUGGCUAAAACUGAUGGGGUGACCGUCUUCACUGUGACUUCUGACCCCAACAGUGCUUGUCCUCCACUGUGCCAAAUACUGAAAGGUCUUUGUUACAGCCCAGUGUGUUUUUCAGUCUCUCCUCAUCUGAGGAAGGCCCAGCAGAGCGCUCAGUCACUACUGGGGGCUCUGCAUAUCAUGGUUGGUUCACUUAACGUUGCUUUUGGAUCAGUCCUCUUAUGCAGUCAAGAAUCUUGGUGGGGGCUGGAGGACAACUGGUCUCCAGUUUGGCUUGGAGCUGUGUUUAUUACAUUCGGCAUCAUGUGCAUUUUGUCUGAGAAGUUUCCCAGCCCCUGUUUGGUCAUCCUCAAUGUGAUCCUGAACCUAUCAGGAGUGGGUUUUGCCAUAGCAGCCAGCAUACUCUACUCUAUUAACAUUGCUGUGAUGGGAUUUUGGUGGUCAUGUGAAGAUGACUGGUACAACCUUCCUAGAGAUGUGACUGCAACCAUAUCUCCCGAUGGACAGAUGUUUCUGGAGAAAUGUAACCACGGGAGAUUACUGACUUUGUGGAUUUUGAGAAGUAUCAAUGCUGUGCUGAUCAUCCUGUCAGCUCUUGAGCUCUGCCUCACCAUCAGCUCUGCUGUCUUGGCAAUCAAGGCACUGAAGAGCAAAGAAGACGAGCAAGAUAUGAUGAUGAAAAACCCAGAGGACUACAAACCACUGCUGGAGGAAGUAACCACAAACCGUACAGCCUAAAUACAAUUCUCUGCUUUAUAAAACCACCUAUGUUUGCACUUCCACUGUUAGUGGUAAAUAAUCAAAUGUCUGUCAUUUGUAUAAACUGUGGUCACACUUUCUGCAAGUCUUCUUGUGUUAUUCUCAGUCUGCACUUAUGUUUAUCAUGUUACAUUUCAAAGUUUACAUUUGUAUGAAGGCUAUUCCAGUUACCAACACAGUAUGUACUGUUAUUUUACUUGUUCCUGCAUGUCCUUAAGAAUUUUUUGCCAACCCAAUGGCUUAUACUUUGUCAUAGGGAAUGUUUACGAAUGUGCAUUGAAGUGUUCUACAACAUUCAUUGAAGUUGCAAAUUAAAUGCAUCAAAC